GGUGGGUGGUUCUUCAGGAGGGAGUAGCGAUUGAGCGGGAUUUGGGGAGAUGUGUUUAUAGCUCUGAAUUCCUUUCAAUUCUCAGUCAAGAAAUUUGAGAGAUUCCUUACGGCUUUUCUUGCGGUACCUAUAAAGACAAUUACCAAGUGGAAGAGAGACGCGCAUUCCGAAGCUCAUCACUUUUGUCGACUCACCUGCACAAGCGGUGAACAGGAGAGGCACUUGCCAUGGAUCAGGAGAAAUACUUACCGGAGCUGAUGGCCGAAAAAGAUACGCUGGACUCCUCGUUUGUUCAUGCGAUGCGUUUGCUUGCCGAAGAAAUCACAAAGUAUGAGGGGGAUGAGUUGAGAAAAGACGGUGACGUGAAGAAAUACCUUGAUGUCAUCAGUAACAAAAACAUCAAGCUCUUGGAAAGAGUACUAAUCCCAGUUCAACAGUACCCAAAGUUUAAUUUUGUUGGGAAGCUGUUGGGACCACGUGGCAAUUCCAUGAAAAGAUUACAAGAAGAAACCGGAGCAAAGAUGUCCAUUCUCGGAAAAGGCUCCAUGAGGGACAAAGUAAAGGAAGAAGAGUUGAGGAAAAGUGGAGAGGCCAAGUAUGCCCAUUUGAGUAACGAUCUCCAUGUUUUAAUUGAAGUCUUCGCUCCACCUGGAGAGGCCUAUUCCCGCAUGAGCCAUGCCUUGGAGGAGAUUAAGAAAUUCCUAGUUCCAGACUACAAUGAUGAGAUCAGACAGGAGCAGCUGAGGGAGCUCUCCUACUUGAACGGAGGAUCAGAGGACACCAACCGAGGGAGGACAGUAAGGGGGCGGGGCUUGCGGCUGGCUUCCACGACAACCACGCGGGGACGGGGAGGCAGAGGUGCAGUUGCACCCAGAGGGACAGCGGGUACACGGAGUGCAAUGCCACAAGCCACAUUAGCGAGAGGAGUACCCACUCCCAGGGCAAGGGGAACACCAGGGAACCCGGGAUACAGACCCCCACUGUUGCCCGUAACACACGAAUCAUAUGACGACUACGGCUAUGAUGAUGGAUAUGACGGUGAAUAUGAUGACCAGAGUUAUGAUGCCUAUGAGGAGAACUACAGCAAUCAGUCAAAGAGCAUUUCUGAAUAUUACGAAUAUGGCCAUGGAACCAAUGAUGAAGCCUACAACAAUUACGGCUUUGAUGCGAAAGUCAUGGCUCCCAGCUCUCACUGGACAAUACUGGCAGCUCUUCCAUCACGAUCCAUAGAGGAGAAGAGGAGUGGACGACAACCCGUCCAACACUCAAAGCCCCAGCAGCAAGGAUCUCACGUGUGGGCUACAGAGAACAUCCCUAUGGUAGAUAUUGAAGGGGCUCCACAUCUGUGACCUCCGACAUAAGACAACCAUAUGAUUGUUUAAUUUCCUCCCAGAAAUGUUAGAUUUUUUUAUAACAUGGACUCUUUUUUUAGAACAAUUAGUAGAGAAAACAAAAGAAAGACACUUGUGUUUCAAUAAACAUUGGAAUGUUGUUCUUGGUUGUCAAUGAUUGUCUGUCCCUCGAAAAAUAAAAGCAUGAAGUUGUCACAGAACUUGAUGCUUCUUGAUAGCCCUUAGGGAACUUUGAUUUCAGGAUGAAAAUGGGUUGCUACUAUUGAGUAAAGUUAACCUAGGUGAUAACUUAUUUUUUUCUAUAUUUGUUAUGAUGUUAGAUUUUGAUCUUGUAAAACUAAUUAAACAUUUUUUCGUGUUGGGUUGAAAGCAUUCAGCUAUGUAUGUAGCUUACUAAGUGCUCUGUUCUGUGUUUAACUUGUAUUUGUAAAUAAAACAUAUAUUAAAAUAACAUAAAGCACCAUGUGUACGCUUCUCUAAAUAGGUGGCCAUAAAUUGGUAAAUUUGUUUUGCCAUAAUUUGUUAAUAAAGCUGAACCUUUUUGGUAAAACAGAAACAUUUGAAGUACUUGUUUCUAGCACUAAAUGCCUGCUUGGUUUCAGGUCAUUGCUAAAAUGUUUUUUUGAUACAGAAAGUCAACAAAAAAAUAAUGAAUUUUCGAGACUUGUCUUUCGUAAUUGUUGUGUAGAUAACAUGCAGUAACCACGAUAAAGAAUCUUUUGUUAAAUACUUUCAAAGUAAGAGCCAAAUUGUUCCUUGAAUCUUGGUUAGUAAUUUUAAAUGUUUAACAUGUUAAUGGAAAGCAACUGUUUAGACUAAUAAAUGGA